AAAAUCGAGUUCAUUUUGUAACGGUACUGCGUCUAUACGGGAGUGUCCAUGAAAAGUCGGGCAAACAGGCUAGCGAGAAUGAUAAGCAAGUGACAAGUGGACGAUUUGUUCGUGUAGUGGUUAUGGAUAAUGUAGGUCGAUUCAUAGUUUGUUUUGGCAAUUAAUGUGGACUAUAGAAUCGGCAAUCUGGUGUCAGCCGUGUGUAAGGAAUUUAUGCUGAACUCAGUAUUGUUGCCGUUGGUUAAGUGGCUUCCCCCUGCGUCGCGAUGGCUGAGGCUGCAGGUGCCGCGAGCAGUAAUCCCAACGCGGAGAUCAUUCGGGGCCAGGUGUUCGAAGUGGGGCCCAGAUACACUAAUCUGCAAUAUAUCGGCGAAGGCGCCUAUGGAAUGGUUGUGUCUGCACACGACAACAUUAAGAAAAGUAAGGUCGCCAUCAAGAAAAUAUCGCCGUUCGAACAUCAGACGUACUGCCAGAGGACCUUACGAGAAAUCAAAAUAUUAACUCGGUUUAAGCAUGAAAACAUUAUUGAUAUUCGAGAUAUUUUAAGAGCUGAGUCGAUAGAUUUAAUGAAGGAUGUUUACAUCGUUCAAUGUUUAAUGGAAACAGACCUUUACAAAUUGUUAAAAACACAGAAAUUAAGUAACGAUCACAUCUGCUACUUCCUGUAUCAAAUCCUCCGAGGGCUGAAGUACAUACACUCGGCGAACGUACUCCACAGAGACCUGAAGCCCUCCAACCUACUACUCAACACCACGUGCGAUUUGAAGAUUUGCGACUUCGGUCUGGCGCGAGUGGCUGAUCCAGACCACGACCACACUGGAUUCCUCACCGAGUAUGUGGCGACUCGGUGGUACAGAGCGCCGGAGAUCAUGCUCAACUCUAAGGGCUAUACCAAGUCAAUAGACAUUUGGUCCGUGGGCUGCAUUCUGGCGGAGAUGUUGAGCAACCGGCCCAUCUUCCCCGGCAAGCACUACCUCGAUCAGCUCAACCAUAUCCUUGGCGUGCUGGGGUCGCCGAGCCAGGAGGACCUGGACUGUAUUAUCAACGAAAAGGCUCGCGGCUACCUGGAGUCCCUGCCGUACAAGCCGCGCGUGCCCUGGGCGGAGCUGUUCCCCGGCGCCGACGCGCGCGCGCUCGACCUGCUGCACCGCAUGCUGACCUUCAACCCUCACAAGCGGAUCACCGUCGAGGAGGCCCUCGCGCAUCCUUACCUUGAACAGUACUACGAUCCUAAUGAUGAGCCCGUGGCGGAGGAGCCCUUCCGAUUCGCGAUGGAGCUCGAUGACCUUCCCAAGGAGACACUCAAGAAGUACAUCUUUGAGGAGACAUUACUUUUCAAGAAACUCAACGAAGGCGCGUAGACGAGGUGUCGCCGACAAGAGCCCCCCGCACCGCGCGGCUCCGGGGCUGGGAGACCUGCAUGCGAGCUCUGUGCUGCCGGCCGACUCACGUCGUCUCAUCAUCACGUCAUCGCCGCUGCAUACCUACAUCGUACCAUCGACUUAUAUAUCUUAUCUUUGCAGUGCUUCGUGAUUAGCCAGUAAUGCGAAUAAUUCCUAAGAAUAUUUGUUGAAUGUUAUAACUUUAAGGAUAACUUACCGUUUUAUAUUAUGGUAACAGGAAAGUCACCGGCAAACAGAAUUCGCAUGCACGUGUGACGUAAUCCAGGUCUAAUUAUGUGGAUGUUGAUGGUGGUUUAAGUUGGAUACCUAUUCAUCGCUCGUAGUCGGUUAACCAAAGGUAAAUAGUGAACCAACGUGUCGUAUUACAUUCAUAAGUAUUCGACGUUGUGGACUCGCUUGAGUUACGAGUACGCCGUAUUUUUUUGUGUAUUAUACAGUAAUUUGUAAUGUUUACUAUGUUAGUUAGGCCCACAGCUGGGUGCAGAAACGAAAAUCGAGAUUAUCUUAUCCAACUUGUUAACUUAUGACGAAGAUGCUUAUUGAAAAUAUUUCCCGGCUAUGGACUUAACUUACAUCAUGUAAAAACAUAACCAAAUGUUUUAAUUCAACAUUUGGGGCGUUUGCUUUGAAAGCGCAGUGUCUAAUUAUAAUUUUUUAGGCGUAGUCGCUUUAAAUGGCGAUCGAUAAAGUAUUUGUGGCGGUGUAUGCAUAAUAAUAUUUUCUUAUUAAAAACUGCCAAAAUAAGUAAUAAAAUUCAAUGAUUUGCUUCACUCUAAUGAUUGAAACCUGAUUACUCGGCAACAUGACGUCUGGGCGCAGAAACAUGUCCGGAGGAUAUCGUAUCGGUAUGAUUGGUAAGAGCGUAGUUGUAAUAGGUACCUAUAUAAUAAUGCGUAGCAAACUUAUAGUAUCAUAGAUAGGACUUUUCUGAAAUUUAUAAACGUUAAACAUACCUAGUCGUACAAUUUCUAAAUUGUGAUGUUCGAUCAUUGUGUUGACGGGGAUCGAUGUCUUCGUAGGUAUUUUGCAGUAUUACGUGACGAUAGAGUAACGUGCGAGGUGUCCGAAAGACGGUAAAGAGUCGGGUGACACGCGCGGAGCUCGCGUCGCGGCGUCUACAGGAUCGACGCGGACGCCAUGUUUUAGAAUAUCUUAGCGUGGCCACAGAAACGAACGGACUCCUCACCGGAGCGAUGGAUAUAGAGAGAGAGUAUGCAAUAUGUGAAUGAUAUGCGACCACUGCGAGCAGUACGGAUCGGGUUGUGCGGUAUAGGAAUGCGUUCCAGCGACGCUGAAACGGCCGCGACUCAAUACCAAACAAAUUGGACGGUUAGCGGCAAUGGAAGGCCGAUGUAAAUAUUUUUACAUUUCGAAUUAAUGUAUUUUAAAGUGUCACCGAGUAAUAAUUUCAAGCACCACAUUAUUAUUCAUUAAUUCUGAUGUGAUCUACUUACGAAUAAAUGUACUUUCUCUUUAGCGAGCAAAGUGUUCGUUGGAAAACUUGCGUGUUUCAGUGAUUUUUGUAAUAAUAAUUAUCGUCUUCCUUGUAUUUGCAUGUUAGCGCACAAGACAAUUUUAGAAUAGUUAUUCUUCAUAUCAGAUAUUUUAAAGAGAUGUUUAUAUAAAUUUUGUUGAUAAGUGUGCGGUAAUGGGGUCGUUUCAAGUUUUUCAACGAACGGGUGCGGGCGUCGUGUAGUGCGGGGACCGCAUCCAUUGUUACUACUUCAUUGUGUAUAGAUGCCGGCGGCGGCGCGCCCCUCUCACUCAACCUUGGGCGAUCAUUAAUCUACUUCUCUACUAAGAGUUGAAUAACGUUGUUUGUUGAAACUAUUUAGAGAGCAUUUUAGCUGUUAAACAUUCGUCGUUCAAUUUUAAAUUACAGUACAUAGUGAAUGUUUUGUUUGGCGAAACUUGACUGGUUCCCCAGAGUUUAUCGAGCUGUAUUACUUGUUGUAUAAAUGUUAUGGAUAUUGUUUCAUGGCUGUGUCUACGCUCACUGGCGGACUGUUUUAGUGCGCUAGCUGCCGGGACGAUUAAACAACAUGAUGCAUUUGCGUUUGUUGUUAUCAAAACAGAGCGAUUAGAAUCAACAACAAUUCUGCGAGCGAAACUCAAUUGAAUCGUACCGGGACGUGUGACUGUGAGCUUAGCGACAGCUGUGCCAGGAUAAUACCGCAUUUACAGUACCAUCGACAUGAUAUCGAGUGUUUUGUUUAACUUUAACCAAAAUAAACCUUGUUUGCGAGGUAAUAAGGUCUUUGUACAGUUUUCUUUUCUAAUUUCUACUUAAGAAACGCUUCGAAAUAUGUAAUUUCAACUGUAUUUGUAGAUCAUACGCCUAUGAUUUGUAAAAAGACAAGCUUAUUUAUUGUGACUAGUAUUUUAACUAAGCUGAAAUCGUCUCACUGACUGUCUAAAUAACUUGUUAAAUGUUUCCAUUGUUUAGACUGUACCUAUUAUUAUGAAACUAGAAACAAGGGGCUGAGAAAAGUAUAAGACGUACCAGUAAGCCACUUACAUUUUAAUCGUUGACAAAAGUAUUGUUUAAUUUUUACUUGAUAUUUUAAUGUUUAAGCUUCAGAACUGUUUAUAAGUAACUGUUACGACUACAAUUAAAAUAACUUUCAUGUCAUCCCCUUGUUUUUAGGACAAUCGACGUUUCAACCAUAAUAUUCAAUGCAUUAAAAAUGACUUACGUUGCGAUACAUAUAAAGGCUUGAAAAAGAAAUGGUUGAAAUCGUAAGCAAAUAAAAAAGACACCUGUUUUGCCAUAUACGAAAAUUAGUGGAAAUGUGGUAAAAUGGGUGUUUCAAAAUGGCUCCUAACACAUCAAGUUCUUCCCUUACUAGUUAGUUUUCUACAACCUCUUAAAAUCAUAAACACCAGAGUACCAUCAUGUAUUUAUUGUUAAAAUAUGAGUGUUGCCAUAUUUUCUUAAGUCAUUAUGUACAAAUUGGAUAUUGUAAGAUCAUUUGUUAUCUGUCAACAGUUGAAUAUUACGAAAAUAAAUCAAAUCAAAAGAG